AUGAUAACUGACUCGGAAGCACCAACCUAUAACUUUAAUAGUGAUGAUGAAGCCCCAUGUGAAUAUUUGAAUGAUGUUUAUGCUAUAAGUGAAGACACAUUUUCGAUAAAAAUCAUAAAACAAAUUGGAUAUGGUUAUUAUAAUCCCGCAAAUGGCCACAAAGUAACAUUGAUAUACUAUGAACUUGGCUUUGAAGAUACAAUAACAUCGGCUGAUGUCUAUCUAGGAAAAAAUGAUCAAAUACCCUAUGUAUGUGAAAUUGCAUUGAAAUCCAUGAAACUUAAUGAAGUUUGCAUUGUUCAAGCUCCCAAAAUAUUCAAAAAGAUAUUUCGAAAUUCCGAGCAAAUAUCUAAAUAUGAUAAAAAGGAAACCUUUAGGGUAGCUUUUAAAAAGGGGUUACGAUUUAAAAAGAAAUGCGUUGAGAAAUAUUCCACCAUCCCCAUCGUUAAUCAACUUAAAAGAAUCAAAUUAAGCUCAAAUGAUGUAAAAUUACUAUUAAGAAAACACAAAAUUUAUAGUAACAAUAAUAACGAAAAUAAAAAUACAGUUAAAAUUGAUAAUGAUCUCACUCCUGAAACCACCAAUCAUAUUGUAAAUAUCAAUCAAGAAAAUAGCCAAAAUGAAAAUACGAAAUAUCUAAAAUUAGACGAUAUAAAUAAUUUAAAAUAUAAGUUUUUAAAUGAAAACGAUGUCUGCACAUUUGUUAUUUAUUUAAAAGAUUUUUGCAGAGCUGAUACACUAAAUGAUGAUAAAACCAUAAUAAAAGAAAUUAUAAAAGAGGGUACAGGGGUUAUUUCCCCUAAAAAAAAUGAUUAUGUCGAUUUUUUUAUACAAGAAAAGUCAAAUAAAGAAUAUAUCCAUAUGAUUUUUGAUUUGAAUAAUUUAAGAUAUAGAGGUUUAUUUAAAGUUUUGCAAAAUAUGAAAAAAGGAGAAAUAUCAAAAAUAACCCUUAAAGGUAUAGAAUGCUUUCAUAUAAAUUAUUCAAAGGAAAAUAUUUAUACAAAUAAAGGAUUUGAAGAGAAGAAAAUGGAUCCAUAUAAUAAUAAUAAAGCCCCAGUAAAUAAUGUAGAUAGUUCAACUUGCAGAAAUAGCUAUGAGAAUAAUAGUAUUUGUGAUGGAAAUCAGGACAAUACUAAUAACAUAGAAACAAAUGAAAAUAAUAUAAGCAUAAAUAGUGAAGUAAAUAAAUCGAAAGACCCUUUAAAUGAUGAGGAUAAUAUAAAUGACGAAAUUACAAAAAGUGAAAAAGAGUUCAUUGUAGAACUAGUAUGUUUUAAAAGGUCAAAAACUCUAAAUAUAAAAUCAAUAAUAAAUAUGAAUCGCACAGAAAAGUUCUUUUUUUAUUUAUAUGAAGACAAUCGAAAGUACUAUAAUAAACCAAUUAUCGAUACCAAUUGUGAAUUGAUUAUUCAUAUGAGUAUUUCUAAAAAUAUUAAUAAAGAGAAAAGGGAUAAGUUAUUUUUGCCAAUAAAAUUUUAUAGUAGUAAUAAUAGUUAUAUAAAAAAGUCCAAAGCUUAUUUUCUUUUCUCUUAUGGAUCGUGCUUUACUUCACCUAUUUGGUUUUAUGAAUCGUUCAAAGGAAUGAAAGAAGGAGAUGAGCUAAUUAUACCUAUAUCAAAAAAUAAAAAUAUUUGCUCGGAAGACUAUUUUAUUUAUCAUCUUUUAUAUGAUGAUAUAUUUCUAAAGGAUCAAAAUUUAACCCCAAUUCAAAAAUCUACUUCUGCUUGUGUAACGAAAGAAAUUAAAAAUAGAAGAAACAAUGAAGAACUCGUAAAAGAAAGAGAAUCCAUUGUAUCAUCCCCAAUUCAGAUUGAAGCCACUAACACAUCACCGAAAAAAAAAAAAAACAUUGAAAAUUCGGCAAAAAGCACUAACAUAAGAAAUAAAACAAUCAAUCAUGAGAAAAAAUUCUUAAAAUGGCUAAUUUCUAACAGAAAUUUAGGAAAAGGUUUUUUUCUAAUAAACGGAUUAAAGAAACGAACAGUUAACCGUUUUUGCAAAUCUUUUUUUUCUUUGCAAAGCCAUUUUAUUGAAGAAUUUAACCAUAUUGAGGACAUAAACAGAUUCCCUUUUUAUUUGCAUUCUUUUAAAAAAGUUAAGAGAAAUAUAUUAUCUAAAAAAAUUGUUAAUAUUCAAAAAAAAAAAAUUAAGCCCAUUCAACUUAUAAAUACAACAAACCGACGUCACUGUGAUACAUACAAUUCGUCUGAACAAAUAAGGCAAAAUAUUAAGGAUGAAAAAAGAAAAACUAAAUUUUCUUUUAUUAUGAGCUCAUUAAAGAGUGUGUACUUUGAUAAAAACUUUUAUGAAAAAGACGCAAUUUUAAAAAUAAAGAUAGUUAAAAUUCUUUGUAAAAAAAAAAAUUCGUGGAAUAUGAGUAUUAAAGAACAACUGGAAGAUUUAAAAAUAUAUAAUCGAAUAGGGAAUGAUUUUAUGAAAAUUAAUUUAUAUUAUGCUGCUUCUAUAUAUUAUAAAAAAGGGUUCGAUAUACUCCGGUUUUCUAAAAUAUUCAAUUUAAUAUUUGAAGAAAAAAAAAUUGAUAUUUUACAUUCACAAAAGGAUGAGCAAAUUCAAGAAUUUACAAUAUAUAUGGAAAAAAUAUUAACUAACUUAUCUAAUUGUUUAUACAAGCUUAAUCAUUAUAAUGAAUCUAUUAAUUUUGCAGAUAAGGCACUUAUAAUAAACCCACAAAAUGUGAAACCUAUUUAUUGGAAAAAUAUGUCAUAUUUACAGCUGAAUAAGCAUAAUGAAAUAUUACAAAAUUUAAAUAAUUCAUUUUGCUUAAAUAACAGUUCUUUGUUAAAAUUGUAUAAUACCGCUAGAAUGAUCAAAAAGACGCAUGACGAAAAAUUCAAUUCUCUCUUUUAUGGGAUGUAUGGUCAGAAAUAA